AUGGUUCAUGAUUCAGACGAGUCGAUGCUUGCGCAUGUUCAAGACCAACCGCCAGCUAGUGGAAAGAAUGAGCAAUUUCAUCGUGAACAGCAACGUCAGAUGAAGGAUGACAACACAGCUUGGACGGCAGCCGGAGCGUUGUUGUUGUCACCGCUCCUCAGUCUCCCGUCUGAGCUCAGGCAGAAGGUGUUCCAGUAUGUGUUCAUGGACUCGUCUGAGAACUUCCCACCCCAACAAGCGUGCUCUCCCUCAAGGCUUCUCGGCAUGGUGGGAGACCAAUACAAGGUCUCAAGUGGCAAGUCGAGCACCCACGCCGCAAACAAUAACAUUAUGCAGCCGCUUCUUCUCUGCCGCCAACUUUACUGGGAGACACGUCUGAUGCCUCUCCAAGUCAACUGCGUCAAAUGUCCAGCAACCAUGGGAUCGAACACCUCGGCAACAAAGCGUUUCUUGGACGCACUGAAGCCAUUUCAACGACGAGCAAUCCGAGAGCUGGAGCUGCACCUGCUUGCGAGUGUGACGGAAGCAUGGUCCUUGAGGUCGAUUCUCAGGUCAAUAGCCGGCGCCACGGAGACAGGGGUUGACUGCGGCUUGGAGCAGAGCGGCGGUGGUGCAGAUAUUGAAAUCGGCGGGGGUGAGGAAGGGAAAGUCGGCCAAACACUUGGAAAGGACUUGGACAACGCGACCAGCGAUAGCCGCUUGACAGAACUGACAGUCCAUAUCACCACACGAGAUCUGCUGUUGGCGCAGGCGGACUCGAUGGUGGGGUUGCUGCACAUACUGAGCGUCGCUCCCUUUUCUCAAGAUUGUCCUGCAACUGCGUUCGCCUGUGCGGCAACGUGGGUCACUGAGGGCCUGGCUUUCCUCCAAUCCCUUCGGAAAUUAACCAUUGUCAUCGAGUCCAGUGUGUCUGUUGCAACGCAGAUCACUGAGAUUGAGAGAAACGGCUUUGAGCAGGCGCUCAGAUCGUCCUUGUCGAGUGUCAAUGUGACCGUGGAAUGGAGAGUGCAUAGAGAUAUGAUUCUCGGCAUGGAUGACAGCGAGUGGGUGAAUUUCCUCUGGUUGCACGAUUCGACCAUAGGCGCGCAAGGGCAGGGAGCGACUGAGCCUGGGGUGGGACGCAAGGUCGGGUUCUCCAGUUGGACAAGCAUCGUGUCUUGA